AAUACCUGCGCAUACGUGACGUCUCGAUCUGGUCACGCACUACCUUAUCUUGCCGAUUCACGAUCAGAUCAUUCUCGCCACCAUGGCCGAUCUGAUCGCCUUCCACUCUUAUUAUUCGCAUCAAGGUUUCCUCUCGCCGUCAAACAUGUUACCGCGCCCAUCCAGCCACAAACGGUCUCUGUCAUCCGGGAAUAGGUCGGCUUCGCCUGAUAGGCAUGUUACGAAGGCCAAGUCCACAAAUGAUCUUCUCCGUGUUGCCGCAGACCCUCCGGCCACUGUUCGUUCCUCAAGUGAAGGUGGGGACGGCUUCAGCACUUUGAGGGACCCAAGACUUCUGCCCAGUUCUGAAUCAACAGAGUCGACUCUAUCGUCCUCACAUCACCCGGACCUUAAUGACGAAGUUGCAACACUUAGUCUAAAACUUGUUCAAGCGAUUAACAAUCAGACAAAACUCGAUGACACUUUGGCCGUUACUCGCCAGGAGUUAGAGCAAGUCCAGGAAAAGGCCCGCGCGUUAGAGUCGGAAAACGAGCAAUACUGGCGAGACAUUGAAGACGGAGCGCUGGUGAAGAAAGCUGAGGUUGACCAAUUGAAGGCUUCUUUGGCAGAAGAAAAGGCUCAGCGUUUAUUGGCGGAGAAGGAGAAAAAGGGAAUCGAGCAAGAGCUAGAAACACUCACUGCGGCUCUCUUUGAGGAAGCAAACAAGAUGGUUGCUGCUGCCAAGCUCGAGCGCGAGGCUGUGGAGAAGAAGAAUGAACAGUUACGUUCUCAGAUCAAAGACACAGAGUCGCUUCUCGCUUCGCACCAAGAACAAUUAGCCGAAUUGAAAUCAGUCCUUCAGGUAAUGAACAUUUCCAAGGACGAUCUCGAUGGUCGCACAGCAAUCUCCACAGCACCACCUUCUCCGGCUGGUCCCUCACAACCUCCCGCCUUCACUAGGAAGAGUAUGGAAGCUACAGAUAUCCCUGGCGAUGUUGUCUGCGCCGAGAUAGCACCCGGUCCUGCUACAAGUUUUCCUGAUCUCAUCAAAACUGUAUGCCGAACCGACAUAUUGGCUUACGAGGAUUUUCGUGAGCUGUUUACUAUAUCGAAGAGUUCGAAACCCCCCAGUAGGGCGACCAGCGGAUCAUAUUCGGGCUUAAACGUCAUGAGUCUGGCUGGCUUUGGUGGUGCGGGGUUCGGCUCGGGCUCCCCCUCACCGUCAAAAUCUCAACCUCAUUCCCCGAGUGGGAGUGUUUCUUCGCCUCAACCCCCUAACUCUAGCGUCCCUUUGAAGGAUGCACGAUUCUACAAGCGUGCACUUGUGGAAGAUAUCGAACCUACGUUGAGACUCGAUGCGGCCCCAGGGAUAUCCUGGCUGACCAGGCGAAACGUGCUAUCUAGUAUUUGUGAAGGAAGCCUGGUCGUAGAGCCGGUACCACCAAAUGUUCGAAAAUACGAAUUCCCAUGUUCUCUCUGUGGCGAACGGCGGAGUGGCACCGAUAAUGAGCGCACUCACCGUUUCCGGACAUCUGACAGUGAAACAGCACAGCGAUACCCAUUGUGCGUUCUCUGUUUAGAAAAGGUACGCUCGUGCUGUGAGUUUGCGGGCUACCUCCGUCUCAUCCUUGACGGUCAUAUCCACGCCGAGGAACCUGACGAGUUGCAAGAGGCGUGGGAGGAAACAGUUCGCUUGAGAGAAAGGAUGUUCUGGUCAAGGAUUGGUGGCGGCAUCGUUCCCACAUUUGCGCAAACGAGCGCCCCAGAAGAACGAUCCGAGGGGCAUCAGGCGAGCAUAGAUUCAUUGAUUGAAAAGCCUGUGGUACAGAUUCAGCCUAGCGAUGAUAUCCAGGACACCGCCAUUGGUCAGGAGAAAUUGACUGCAACUCCCCGGCCGCUGGCCGCCGAUGCCAUGACUUGA